GCGGUUGCUACGCAGACGGAACGCUCAGGCUGAGCCGUUACCAUGGAGACGAGGCCUAGCUCCGAGCCGGCCGCUGUGGGUGAGAGCUGCACCCGGUGAGGAUGGGGCUGGAGUCGGAGCCGCUGCUCCAGGCUUGGAGUUAUUUCCGGCGUAGGAAGUUUGAGCUUUGCGCCCAGGUGUGCUCUCGGAUACUGGAGCAGGAGCCCUGUGACCAGGAGUCCGGUUCUGGAGACCUCUCACAGGCGGCCUGGAGUCUGAAGACCAGAGCUCUCACCGAGAUGGUUUAUGUGGACGAAGUUGAUGUUGACCAGGAGGGAAUGGCAGAGAUGAUGUUGGAUGAAAAUUCGAUCGCUCAGGUGGCUCGUCCCGGCACAUCCCUUAAACAAGCAAUGAAUAAAAAGUUUGACGGCCCCAGUCCAGCAGUCAGACCAGUGACCCAGUCAGGAAGGCCAAUCACCGGAUUUGCCAGACCCAGUACUCAGUCCGGACGGCCGGGGACCAUGGAACAAGCCAUUAGGACUCCUAGAACCGCUAGUACAGCCCGGCCCAUGACCAGCGCGGCCGGCCGAAGCAUACGGCUUGGAACGGCAUCGAUGCUUACUCACCCCGAUGGACCGUUUAUCAAUAUAUCCCGGCUCAAUUUGGCUAAAUACGCAGAGAAACCCUACUUGGCAAAAGCCCUGUUCGAGUACAUCUUUCAUCAUGAAAACGACGUGAAAAAUGCCCUGGAGCUGGCCGCCCUGGCCACAGAGCAUGUGCAGUUUAAGGAUUGGUGGUGGAAAGUGCAGCUUGGAAAAUGCUAUUACAGGCUGGGAUUGUACCGGGAAGCAGAGAAGCAGUUUAAAUCGGCCCUCGCGCAGCAGGACAUGGUGGACAUAUUCCUGUACUUGGGGAAGGUUUAUACGCGGAUGGACCAGCCUCUGACAGCUCUGACUCUCUUUAAACAAGCUUUGGACCGCUUUCCUAAAGAAGUGACGCUCCUGUGUGCAGUGGCCCGGAUUCACGAGGAACUGAAUGACAUGCAGUCGGCGUCCGAGUACUACAAAGACGUCCUCAAACAAGACAACACCAACGUGGAAGCCAUCGCGUGCAUCGGGAGCAACCACUUCUACACCGACCAGCCCGAGAUCGCGCUGAGAUUCUACAGACGCCUUCUUCAGAUGGGUGUCUACAACUGUCAGCUCUUCAACAACUUGGGAUUGUGCUGCUUCUACGCCCAGCAGUACGACAUGAUCCUGACCUCCUUCGAACGAGCCCUGUCUCUGGCCGAGAACGAGGAGGAGGCAGCUGAGGUGUGGUACAACCUGGGGCACGUAGCAGUGGGUAUCGGAGACCUGAACCUGGCAUACCAGUGCUUCAAGCUGACUUUGGCCAACAAUAACGACCAUGCCGAAGCCUACAAUAACUUGGCGGUUCUGGAGAUGCGGAAAAACCACACUGAACAGGCCAGAGCUCUUCUGCAAACAGCUGCGGCCGUGGCCCCUCACAUGUACGAGCCGCAUUUUAACUUCGCCUCCCUCUCGGAGAAGAUUGGAGACCUCCAGAGCAGUUACAUCGCUGCGCAGAAAUCCGAGGCGGCUUUUCCCGAUCACGUGGAGACUCAGCAACUGCUUGAGAAGUUGAGGCAGCAUUUUGCAAUGAUUUAAUCGAUUAUUUUACACACACAACAGAUAAUUGCUACCAGAUUUAAUAUUAACCGGCGGCUGCUGAUAAGAUAAUGCAGUAGGGAUUUAGGCUGUAGAUAAAAGUUUAACCCUUCUGCCAACUAGAGCCAGCAAGAUUUAACCCCGUUAGCGCAAAAAAUGGUUAAAAGAAUGCGCAAAUGGAUCACAAUGGUGGUUUUUAUCUAAGGAUCAUUGGUACGGACGUUUCUGUGCCACAAUGUACAGGAGAAUAAGGUGACGCAGGAGAAGACCCCUGAAGGGAGUCUGUAAGCUUAAUUGAGUAACACUCGUUCCAGGGUUACUUGGAGGGUGGCUGAAGUAACACUUUCAUUAGCUGCAUAGAUUCAGGAACAUUUAAGUUGCGUGAACAUUUUCAUAUAUUGGUCUAUAUAGUAAAGUCCGUCGGGUUCUCGUUAAAAGCAAGCAAAAGCUCCUUAAAAAGCAGUUUCUCCAUUAGAUUUCCUGCACAGGGUCAGCACUUUGGGAGAGCGAAGUUCAUAGAUGAAAGUAAAUAUCCGCAGAGAAGUGAUUAUUUUGGCAGUAGGAUCUGGAAGAUCUGUGAAUAUGUGUUUUAGCCAAUAAAUUAUUCUAGUUUUUGCAAUUUA